GCCCCGCCCACCAGGCCAUCACCUUUACAUGGUGCAGUCUAAGGGACAGUGAGAGGGAGGAGUUGACAUACAGCGAAGGAUCAUUAUUGUUGCACCUGUCCCAUACAGUGCUCCACUAUCAGCCCCCCACUCCCCUGUUAUUAAAUCCACAGCUCCUCUGCUUCACUGACCCCCCCCCCCCCCCCCCGGUAGUCAUUGAUCUGAACUCCUGGGAGGAUCAGAUAAGACCAGGUCGACCCCUGGGUCGCAGAUCCUGCCCCCGCGGGACAAAGGGUCUCCCUGUCAGGACCCCACCUCUGUUAAAGCCUCAGAUACCUGCACAGGAACCAAACCAAGAUAAGAUCCUGCUCAGGUGUCACCUGAUAGCCAAUAAGACCUGAACUGAAGGAGCUAAAGGUGCCACCCCCCCAGGUAGGACCAAUAACCACAGUUAGUGGAACUGAGAGUUUAUUCUGUUGGGAAACAAGACAACAAAAGCACUAAAAGGGCUUCUACCCUCCCUUGUUUGCUGAUGAACAUCAGAACUAUGUCUGAUUCAUUAUGAUGACACAGGCUUUCACUCUAUAACCUUAAUUCAAUGAAAGAACAGCCACACAACUAAGGUAAGAGUUUCUUUGCUACUUAACACAUUUUGAAAUCUUGUCUUGUUGACUGUUGCACUGUGUGUUUGGAAGCACGUUAAUUCAAAUACAUACAGGUCGUAGUUUGUGAUGCUGUUGCUCUGUAAUUUUCUAUUGUGCCAUAUAAGCUUUAGGUGACAGACGACUAUAAUGUCGAUAGUGUGAGUUGUCAUUUUCAUUUACUUACUUACUUAGCAGCUAGAGAACCUCAAGAGUUGAUAAAGACCAAAAACAGACCUAAAAGAAAGGGACUAAUAGACUUCGUUUCUAGGCCAAUAUUGUGAUGAUGAUAUGACGUGCGAUAAAUAAACAAAGAUACAGUUUUGCUGAGAGAAGUUGAAUGGAAAACAGACAAAGGUCACUAUCGGUCAUCUGCUCCGUCCUCCUCCCUCUGCUGCAGCUAUAAGCUUACAAAAGUUUGUAGCAAAGUUUCCUUUAAGCUUGUUCACUAUUAGCUGAACGUUAGCGCGCUGUGCUCCUGUAAAACAAACUGCGGAGGUUUAAAUCUUGUUGAACAGGUGCUGUGAUGAAGGACUCUAAAUGCUUUUUUACUCACAAAGGUUGUGAUAACACUCAGACCUGUACUGAACUGUAUUUUUUUUUUUUUUUUUUAACAAAUAAUUGGGUUACACACAUGGAUCUGCAGUGGUUAUUAGGAUAGUCACUAAUGAACUGUUCAUACCAUAUUUUAACAUGUAAUAAUAAUCUGUGAUAUGUCACUAUAUGAGCUCACCUUGUCUCACAUCCUCAGUAACAUCAGGAGAUGAUGAGGGACCUGCUCCACUGUCUGUGGCUGUUUCUGAAACUAAGGGCACUGUGUUUCAUGAUGUUAAGCUUUGCUGAGUAUUUUAUUUAUUUGAUAGAUAUAAUAUCAUACGGCAUUGUAGGUAUAAUGCUGAUUUAUUUAUGAAAAAACAUUUAUUAAAUGUUGCAUCCUACUUUUCUAUUAUCCUUCAGCAGUAAACUAGCUCCAACGAAGAAAUUGUCCUGGUAGUGAUCAAGCUAGCAUUAGUUAGCCAGCUAGCAGGGAGAGCUAUAAGAUUUUGUCGCUAAGCAGCAAAUAACUAAGUGAAGUGAAAUUUCGAGUGAAUGAAUGUAGAAAUAUGUAAUCAAUUUACUUUUGAAAUUUGGUAUGAUUUUGAUUGAGGCCAGCAGUUGUGGUGCAGUGGUUAGUUACUACAUCAACAAAGCAGCCUGAUCUCUUCAUGGUAAUAACAUCUGAGGCUCCUGGAUACUGUGCCAUUAAACAUGGGGAAACAUGAUUUGUCAGGAGGGAGGGAAACACUUAAAUCUUAAAACCAGUCUCCAUGACACAAAAUUCAUUUAUGGGAAAUCAGUUCUCCUCUUUUGUGAUCAAUUUUUGAGAUUUAAUCAUAUGAUUAUAGAGUGAUGAGGCUACAACUUUCUUAAGACAGAUUAUUUAUUUGCAUUAAACAAAAUAUAUUUCACUAGCAGACAGACAGACAGACCUUUUAAAGGGUCUCCCUCAAAACUUUCCUAUUGCUCCUUUAACAUGAACCUUCGUAGAUCUUCCAAAUGACAUUUUGUUGUCAUUUGGAUCCAUUAACGCGCAGAAUUGACCACUUUAGCUUUGAGGUGACAUUAAAGUUUAAAGAAAGGCAACAUAUAACUGCAUUAACGGGGCCGCUGACCUCCCGCGCGCUGCAUUGACACCAGACGUUCUGCCAGCGUUCCUGCUCUUAGCGAGAUGUGCUUGUGGCUUGAAUAACAUUAAUGACACACUUCUUCGUGGAGCCACAGGUGGGCCGAGCUGCUGAAGCCAUUAAAGACACCGAACCAGCGAACAGAGAAGGUCGUCCGUCUCAUUUGGUGUGGAAGUUAUCAGCUCUGUAAUGACGGGGCUAAUUUAUGGAGCUGAAUAAGACACAUUAGGGUAAAUUCAGGUCUCUAUUACACAUGAAAAAAGAAAACCUGUGACAUUUCUGAUGAGCAUGUCGGUUUCUUUGAUUCGGUGUAAAGUCUCCACAUCAGCCAGGGAGCACCAUUUGCAAUAAUGAUAGCAUGGAGCUCAUUUCUACCUCCUCUGCUGUUAUGUAACAGAUGUUGAAGCUUAAAUGUCUGCUUAAUUGCAGCCUCCUGUGGCCGCACAGAGAAUUACAACAACAUGCAAAGUAUGUUGAGAACUUUUUUUUUGGAACGUUUCAGAUAUUUAGACAAAGUUUUUAUUCUCUUUUUUCAAUUUUUUAAUGUUGGAAAAUUUGAAAACAAAACAAUGCACGAAAAGAUAUAGAUGUCUGUACCCAGUAUGGCUGUUGUCAUGGUAACCAAAACCCAAUCCACAAUGUGUUUUUCUCCUCAGUACUUUCUGACUUGUGGCUCUCAGCUCUAAUGAUGUAAAUCUUUAAAGGUCCAUAUAGUAUGAAGGUAGAUGUCCAUGUGUUGUGUUAUUAUAAGGCAGGUAUAAGUUCUAUAUUAUGAAAAAGGAAACAUCUGUGAAUCCGCUGGUGAAGGCCUAUAUGAUGAGCUGUGCAUUCAGAAAAUCUGACAAACAAUAAACAAGGGAAUAAAAUAACCUCCAAGUUUAACUUCACUUUACAAUCAUGAUGUGGAGCAGCAUCUGUUCAUCUUCAUUCUGAUGUAAUAUAAGCUCUAAAACUUCCUGUUUUUGCACCUACCUGAAGGUUCGUCUUUAACAGAAGUUUUCUCCCUCUGAAUGCAAGUACGAGUCAUGUUUCUGAUGUGGAUCUUCAUGCUGUCUGCUGGUCCAAACGCGCUUUCUGCCAGCUCCAUUUUCUGCUUGGACCCAGUGGCCAGUGACCGAAAUCCAGAUUUCAUGAUCGAUUGUCUGGGCCUGCGCUUCACCUGGCUCCACUCCAUCUUUGAUAAUUUCCCCUCGUUGCUGAAUUUUGCUGUGAGACUUCGCUGUUCCACGGGGCUUUGUCCACGCGACCUGGAAGAUUACGGCUGCUCCUGCCGAUAUGUAGCAGCUGGAAACCCUGUGGAUCCUCUGGACAUCUGCUGUGAAACUCACAGGCUGUGCUACCAGAGUGCUGCCCCCUGCACACAACUGCUGCCGCUGCUCCCAAACAACCUCACCUGCUCCCCAGCAAACUCCAGCUGUGAUGCCGGUGAUUGGUGUGAGCAGAGGUUUUGUGAAUGUGACCAGGCGGCCAUCGAUUGCAUGAGUCAGAGCUCAUACAACUCCACACUGAGAGGCCUCGCUGAGUCGUCCUGCUCGGCAGCAAACCAAACAGACCUGCUCAGCGGCGCCGUGGAGACAGAUGAACCCUUCGGGGGGGCAGAUGUUCUCUCAGCAGUAAACGACUCUGUGAGCUUCCAGCUGUCCAACUCUUCCCUCCUGUCAGCAGAGAUGGACCUGCUAAUGAUCAGCAGAGUGGAAAACCAGAGUGACAUCGGGCAGACGGACGGCGACCUCGCCCCCACAUCCCCCCCGCAGACGCCUGCUGAGGAGUUUGAGGAAAGCGAAGGUGGUGCGGAGGAGGUAGAAGAAGAAGAGACGAAGCACCUGAGUGUCAUCUCGAAAGAUUUGAAUGAGACGGUGGAAGUGCUCGAGCAGGAAGAGAUAAAUAAGGAUCAUACAACCCACAAUCCUCCAGCAGUCAGCCUGGAUUCAGUUUGGUCGUUCGGUGACCUUCCAGAGUCACAGAGUGAAGCAGGGUCAGAGCCCACUGAACUCUCCUCACUGACUGUAACCAUGACGAUGUCACGCGCUGACAUCACACCGUCUGCUUGGACUACAACUUCCAGAGAGCUGGCGAAAACAACCGGGGAGGAGUCAUCAGAGGAAGUCAUCAUCACAACAGCAGCAAAAUCACAAAACGGUGCAAUCAGGGAAACAACAACCACAUCCAACACGACGCCCUCAAAGUCCUCCGAAGAAGAUGAGGAGGAGGAUGAGGAGGAUGACGCCGACGAAGGGGAGCAGGAAGCUUCAGAUGAGUACGUCAAGGACAUGUUUACAAGUGACACAACCACAUUUUAUGAAGCAGUAUCAACACGGACGACGACAACACCGGCAACAGGAAGCUCGACACCAACAGCCACGUCACCAGGCCCAGAGAUUAUUACCACGGUGACAAUGAGAACUACAACAAGAGCCUCGCUCCCCGAAACCAGACCAGUCAGAAGCACAGCUCCUGACAGUUCACAGGAGGAAGACUUCACUCCACCACCUCCCGCUCCUCUCAGUCCCCGGAGUCCAGGUCAAGAGCCUCUAACAUCUGCAACAACAACAUCGUCGUCAACUUCAGUGAGAACCGUCACCCAGACGACACGAGGAAGACAAGUCACCUCCAUCAAACCUCGAUCAGAUAACAACAUGUCCGCCCCAACAGCAGCAGCUGUAAAAUCUCCCUCACUCACCACGGCUGUAUCUGAGGAGGAGGUGCCGGAAGAAGUCGGGACGACGACAGACAAACCUCCGUGUGUGGAAGGAGAAGACGCCGACAGCUCGCAGGAGAAGGACGCAGAUGAGUGGGAUGUGGCUCAGAAGAGGACGGUUCCGUUCUUCGCCUGGUCCCUGCUGGAGUCUGUUGGGCUGACCGACCUACAGCUACAGCCAGACAGCACAGAAUGCAGUCGCUCCCUCACCCUGUACGGCAGCGAUGGCCGAGCCAGGCGGGAGAUGCCGGCGUUGGGGGAGAUGCUCCACUGCCUGACGGGGCGCUGUCCACAUGAGUACGAGAUGUACGGCUGCUACUGCGGACAGGAGGGCGGCGGUCAACCUCUGGACCAGCUGGACAGGUGUUGCUUCUUCCACCACUGCUGCCUGAAGCAGAUCAGUUCCAUGGGCUGCAGGUCGGAGAGGAAGCUCAACGCUCAGAUCUCCUGUGAGAGCGGGAAACCCCGAUGUCAGGGUGUCACUGUGUGCGACAAACUGCAGUGCGUGUGCGACAAAACCACCGCCGAGUGUAUGGCAGCGGCCCACUUCAACCACAGCCUGCCGUCGCAACAGUGCCGCGGGGCGCCACCCCCCUGCCGCCGGGCCAGCAGACCCCCCAAACCACGGCUUUCCCCUCAGUCCAGCGAGGAGAGCGAGGAGCCGCUGGGAGGGAACUCUGAUAGCAAUGAACUGAAUGACCAGAGACCUGGGGAUGGAGAGAACACGAGCACGCCUCCUCCACGCCGAUUUCAGAACAGUGAUGAAAGCUCUGACCUGAAGGACGAAGAGAAGUCAAAUCCUCCUUCGGGAUCUCCUCCUCCUCCUGCCUCCAGUGAAGAGAGCAGGGAGCCGACGCUCAGCGGGAGUCAAACCCACAGCCACAGGCCGAGUGCAGACCAAAGCCAAGGGCACCGACCGGCAGGGAGACCAGAAAGAGAGCAGGUGAAAGAUGAAGAGGAGGAGGAGGAGGAGGAGGGGGGAGGGGAGGAGGAGGAGGAGGAGGAGGGGGGAGGAGAGGAAGAGGAGGGAAACUAAAAGCGAAUGUACUGAACAUGUUUUUCAAAGGCAGCUUUGGGAUCUGAAGAUUAUUAUCAGCUGUAAUUUAUAGGGAAAUAACAUUAAAACUGUGUGACAUUUGUGAACUUGGACUGAUUUUGAGAAAAUACAUAAAAAAUAAAUAAAAGGAAAGAAGAAGAAAACAGAAAAGCAAACAAACAUCUCCUGGGCCUUCCUUCAAACAGUAACAAAGACAUCACAUCAUCAGAUUUGAUAGAAACACUUUAUUUAAGUCUCUUGAACAUUAAUCUCAAUGCACAAUUUACUAUUAAAUAGAGGCUUUGUAAUAAAGCGCUGAGGCUCUGCUGCCACUGUGGUUCAGGAAAUAAUGUCACUGUCAGAAAAAGCUGCUAAGUGACAUAUGAGCUGAAGAUAUUGUGCCACAAGCUGUAGAGUAAAUGAAUAAUCAAUGAAUUAAUUAACAGUUAAUAAGAAUAAUAAUUAGUCGCAGCCCAAGAGUCCACAGUCCUUCGUCAACGAUCACGAGAAAACAAGUUUAAUUUAGUCUCAGAUUAAUUGUUGUUUAGACUUUAUCGUUUAUGACUCAGCUUGAUAAAAGAAAUGCGUGCUCCGCUUUCUCUGACCAAAACAAAAUAAAAGUUAAAGCAGGUUUUGUGUCUCAAACCGAAGCAGAUGCUGAACUCAGGAUGUGGAACUAAUCUGAACCCAUUUCCUGAAGCCGCAGCCGGAGCCGAGCCUCAGCGCCGCCUAGUGGUUAAAGUCAUCGGUGUGUUGAAACGAAGCCGAGCUUUAGCAGUCUGUCACCGUGAAGGCUGAACACACACUUGACAACUUUGAUCUCUAAAACUGGCACAAAAAUACAAACUGUUGCAUCACCAAUAAAAAAAACAAAAUAACAAAACAAAAAAAAAA